UAAUCUGAGGGGAGUGUUUUUUCUAACGUUUUUCGGUAACUGGUCAAAGAAUAACUACUCAUUUUACACCAAGUCUUCAAGGCAGACUGGCUGUGAUUCCUGUUUCUGUCACUGACAGAUUUCUUCUGAAACAAAAGACAAGAAGCAAACAAUAACGGUUUACAGUCAUUCCUCAGUGACUGUAACUACCUCAAGGUCAGGCUUUUGUGUGCACGGAAUAAACCUAUUACUUGUACCUGUAAAAGAAGAGUCUAGCUGGCUGUCGCAGAAUUUUCCUUAUCUGUGUAUAAGCAGGACCACAGGUGGAGUAGCCCUGUUGUGAGGGCUGAUUGGCCAGAUUACACUAUAAGUACGAAGUUCGGCCUCUGGCGAUGGCAGCCAUUGCCAACCUCACCAAGAGCCUGGAGGACUCCCUGACAAAGGUUCUGAACAGCUGGAGCAGGAAUCAGACCCAUGCUGCCAAGGCCCUGGACAAGAUCUUGGCAGAGGAGAACUUCGACAACGUCAUCUGGUACCUGAUGGUGAUGAUCGGAAUGUUCGCCUUCAUUAUCGUGGCCAUCCUGGUGAGCACUGUGAAGUCCAAGAGAAGGGAGCACUCCGACGACCCUUACCACAAAUAUAUCGAGGAGGACUGGACAGCCAAGGUGAAGAGCCAGAUUCUGAUCAUCGAUAACUACGUGCACAAGAACCCCAAUGCAAAGUCCUAUGAAGAAUCCUAUUCACACUGAACCUCUUGCAUAAAUAAAAUAAGAGCAAAGAAAGAGAAUCGAUAGAUACAUGGAAUGAUUUACAGAUCAGGAGUGCUGGUCGUGGAGAGCCAGAGUGUCCGCAGGUUCUCCAGGGCUUCUUAAAUCAGCAGCACCUAAAAAAACUGGGAGUAGAUAAUCAAUCAAUUCAAUUAAGAGAGUAACUAGCUGAUCCAGGUCACUUAGAGCAUAAUUAGCAUUAAAAAAUACAUCACUGUUAUGGUAGAUAAUUUGUUCCUGUAACAAGCCUGUAACAAAUGUAACAAGCUGGUUUCUGUUGCUGUUUGCAUUAAAAAUGUCUUACUAA